AAACAGCAACAACAAUGGCGUUUGUUUUUAUUUCAUUCAUAAAAAUCGCUUAAAAUUGACGAAGAAUCGGUCAAAAGAGGAAAUAUCAUUUUUCGACACAAAAAUCGACGCCAACACAAAAUGUAUCAACUUCUAUCGGCGAGAACAAUCAAAAUAACAUCGACAGGUCUCCUGUUACUCGCGCUUCUCGUGAACGCAGAUAGCCAUAACUCGAGAUUGCUGGACGAGGAUGCCCAGGAUUUGGAUUAUGAGGGAAAACUGGCGCUCGUUCGCGAUAUUCCGCUCGUUCCGAAUCGCCACAACGACUUAGUUCCGCAUCUGCAGCACCAUUUGCAGAAACAUCCGCAACGUUACAAGUGUUUGUCCUGCGAGCCGCCAGAUUGUGCGAAUUCCGCGUUGGGCACUCAUUUCUGCCAGAACGCCGUGCAGUGCUGGAAAAGUAUCGUUCGUGAUGCUGAUGGCAUUGAACGCGUAUCUCGCGGCUGCACAACAGAUCACGAAAAAAUCCCCUGGAUCUGCAACAGUAACAACUUGGGACAACAAAAAUCGCGUCGCGAAACCGGAAGUCAGUUCAAGGUCGAGUGUUGCAAAGGAGAUUAUUGCAACAACGGAACUUUCCCCGAACUCGAACCACCUGUAAAAAUAAUGGAAGAACCAAAUUCUUACCUUUUAAAGCUCUGUCUGGCGAUUUUCGGUCCAAUUAUCGUUUUAGGCUCGUGUGCCUUCGCCAUCAUUUGGUACAUGAAAAAUGCGCAUCAAAAACGACUUUUUGCAUCACGGAACAAACCCGAUGUCGAAACGUAUUUUCCGAAUGAGGAACAUAAUUUGCUGCGAGUCACCAGUGCUGGCGAUUCAACCCUGAAGGAAUAUUUGGAUCAUUCGAUGACUUCGGGGUCGGGUUCGGGACUCCCGUUGCUCAUCCAGCGGACAAUCGCGAAACAAGUGACACUCGAAGGAUGCAUCGGAAAAGGUCGUUACGGCGAAGUAUGGCGCGGCGUGCUCCUCGGGGAAAAUGUGGCAGUGAAAAUUUUCUUUAGUCGCGACGAGCAAUCGUGGAAACGUGAAACGGAAAUUUACAGUACGAUUUUGCUGCGACACAACAACAUCCUUGAGUACAUUGGCAGCGACAUGACAUCACGGAAUUCGUGCACGCAAUUGUGGCUCAUCACACAUUAUUAUCCGUUGGGCUCGUUGUAUGACCAUUUGAACCGAAAUGCACUGAGUCACUACGAAAUGAUCACAAUUUGCUCAUCCAUCGCCAAUGGUUUGGUCCAUUUGCACACGGAAAUUUUCGGCACCGAAGGAAAACCCGCCAUCGCUCAUCGUGACUUGAAAUCCAAAAAUAUCCUGGUACGCGAGAACGGAUCUUGCGUCAUUGCGGAUUUCGGCUUGGCUGUCACUCACACGCAAGUUACGGGCAAAAUUGACAUUGGCGACAAUCCGAAAGUCGGCACGAAGCGCUACAUGGCACCCGAAGUGCUCGACGAGACAAUCAAUAUGGAGUGCUUUGAGGCAUUGCGACGCACCGACAUCUAUGCCGUCAGCUUGAUUUUCUGGGAAACGUGUCGCCGGACCAUUUCCAGUGGCAUCGCCGAGGAAUAUAAAGUGCCAUUUUACGACAUUGUCUCGAACGAUCCGAGUUUCGAGGAAAUGCGAAAAGUUGUGGUGACAGACAACUAUAGGCCGCCGCUGCCGAAUCGGUGGUCCUCUGAUCCGUUGCUCAAUGGCAUGGCGAAACUCAUGCGCGAAUGCUGGCACCAGAAUCCGAGUGUGCGACUGCCGGCGCUGCGGAUCAAGAAGACGCUGCAAAAGCUCGCGGAUGCCGAUGACACACUCAAAAUUAAAGAUGGAGAGGUCUGCGUCUGAAUUUCGUCGGGGUUUUAAUUCGAUUAUUUUAUUUUUUAUUUUAGUUUCGUGACGAACAACAUACGCUGCUUAUCUAACAAAAGUAGUUUAACCGAUAGGUAGUGCUCGUAGAAUUAACUAAUUUUUAGUAGUAUUAACACAACUUCUUCCAAAAUCCCUCAUUUGUCCUUGAUUUUAUCCACCAUGUCAGGAGUUGGCGUGUUAUCUCGCUUUUAAUGGACUUUUUCGCCUAAAAAUAAUUUUCAAAAAUUAUUUAUUAUUUUUAAUUCAAUUUUAUUAAUUAAUUAAUUUAAUUAAAAUAUUUAAUUUAAAAAAUAUUUUUUUCUGAUUUAAAAAAAAAUCAUUUGAACUUUAAUUUUUGAUGAAAAAUAAUUUAAUAUUUUUUUUUAAUUAAAAUAAUUAUUUUUUCAUUCAAUUUCAAUUAAAAAGUUAAUUUUAUUUACUGUCAAAUAUUAAAUUAAAUUAAAAUUUAUUAAAUAAUUUUUUUUUAAUUAAAAAUAUUUAAAUAUUUUUUUAUGAUUAAUUUUUAAAAUUUAUAUAACUUUUCAUACUCAUAUAAAAUCAAAAAUUAAAAAAUAAU